AUGUCUUCCAUAUUCCGUGCUCAACGACGACAAAGCUGGACUACUACCACUACCGCUGGCUCCGAUGCACAAUCUUCUGACCUAGAAACCCAGCACGAGGGAAAUGAGACGGUCAAUUCUUCGGUUUCAUCUCGAUAUUCAUUACAACCAGUCCCGCGAAUUCCGUCAUUGAGGUUGGGGGAUGGUAUAUCGUUUAGGGAGUCUUUUGAUGGAGAUGAGACGUUUUCGAUGCAUACGCGUUCGUUUUCGGCGGAUUUUGGGAGGAGGAUGUUGGGAUCGGUUGUGGAGGGGGAGGAGAGUGGUGGGCUUAGAGGCGCGAGGAGUAGUUCGCUUAGACAGGUUGUGAGGGGUGGUUAUGGUGAUGGUGAGGAGGGGAGAAGGACUGGGAAGGAGUCUGGCCUACGGAAUGGGUUAUCAAUUGCGAUGGAUUCGCAUAAUGAUGCUGUUAGCGUUCCGGUUGACAGUCAUGGGACAGUUGAUCAAGCCACGGGACCUGGAAAGGAGUCGAAGGAUGGCGUUGGAGAGAUCGGAUCGCUACAUUUUGCUGCUGAUGUGGAUCGAAAGGAUGACUCUGGCUCGACCCAGUCAAGGGCAUCUGAUCCCGAACAAAAUACUCCUCCGACUAUCUCACCAGUAUCACCACCUCUGCCGCAUGAACCAUCCCAGUCAGGCAGUCAGGUGUUAGGACAAAGCGAUAUCAGCCAUGCACUUCUUACAGCGUUACCUCAACUUACUCUCGAGCCAACAGCGCAACCGAGACUCAGUCCACCGGGAACAGAUGAAAAGCUUCAUAGCCCGGUAUCACCACCCUUACCACAAAACGGAAACCUAGUUCCUCCCCAACCAGCAAACCGACGGGACUCCAUCGUCUCCCAAAUCUCAGAAAUUAGCCAAGAUGAAAUGGAUCGUAUUCGUGAAAAGUUCGACGAAGACGGCAUUUACACUGGUGAACCAUCACCCACACGAUCUCAAGUUUCAGAAUUGACCGAUGAUGAUGAAGAUGAUGACAUUGUUGACGCUAUGAGAGAAAAACUAGACGAAGCUGGGUUUCAUUCUGAUCCUGAAAAGGACACUUUGGAACAAUUUCCUCGACCUCCGACGGCUACGUCGGGAAAUGAGCCUAUGCGUGUUGUGAGAAUGAGUCGAUUCUCUAUUGAUAAGAAGACGGCUGCACAAAGUAGUGAGAAUGAUACAAGGCGAUACUCUAGGUUUUCGUUUGAGAGUGAAGGGAAUGCUCUUGCGGAGGAGAUGCUUGUGAAUGCACAUGGCCGGCGGUCAGGGCAGGCUUAUCAGCGGAAUGCAGAGACUAAGUUUGAAGAAUCUCAUGUUCCUGUGACUUUGGGUGAAGACGCACCAGAUGAGGCUCCGCCACUGUUCGAUGAUAGCGAGGCUCCAUACAGCGAUGACCGCAAGGGACAUCAAGCCCGAGUAGAGACCUUGGGGAAUGAUAAUCGAGUUUCGGAUUCACAAAAUAGACAGUCCUUGCGACCAGAGGCUGCUCAGAGUCCGCCUAGAUAUCAACCUAUCCAAUCAUCACCACCACCGCAUAUGAAUACCUUGUGGAAGACUGGCCGACUACCGGUUUUACACGCAAAUCGUGAUUCAGUAACAUCUUCGUCUGUGUCUUCCGUGAGCAAUCCGAACGUGGAUCCAAAUGCUCAGAGAAUAGCAAUUUCUCCCGAACCACCACUUAUCGGAUCUCACAAUCAGCACCGUCCCAGUCCUGAGUUGAGAGACUCAAACAAGCCAAAUCGACCACGAAUCGACGAUGUAACUACAAAUCACACGCCAGGGUGGUCGUUAUGGGCUAAUCAUGGACGAUCCCAGCAGCGUACUUCCAAUGGAAUCGCAAGUAAUUAUUCACCUCAUUCCAGCGGCAGUCCUGGAAAACGUGAUGAGGAAAGUCUUCAUAGCGGCGAUAGCAUGACGGUGCAAGCUGCUGCGUCUCGUCUGGAUUUGCGCUCGGAACCAUCGCCAUUGAUGAAUAGUAGUGAGACCGCUUCGGAUCAUUCUAAUCCUGGGAAGAUUUCUAGUCAACUUCUUAAUAAGGUGAAGUUUAUGGGCAAGAGGACUAAAGGUGCUCCAGCGGCAGCUAUUGCUCCGCCGGUGGAAACGAUUGAGACGAAGGUUGUUGAGAAGAGGAAAGAGAAGAAAACCGAUGGGAAGAAGGGGGCGCUGUCGAGAUUUGGGGGUAUCUUCAAUCGCUCCGGCCCGAAUCCGCGACCUGAAGAAACUGUCCAAUUAGCUAAAUACUCUCAAGUCAGCGAAAAUACAUGGACUGGCGGUGGACGUUCAAGCUAUCCGCAAGCCACGGCCCAUCAGCAACCCUACACUGCAGGGACAGCAUCAAGUCGGCAUGCCUCGAUGCCAGCACAAGAUAAAGCGUUACCAUCACCGCCAGGUGGAUAUUAUGCUCCCCCUUCUAAGCCUAUGUACGAACCAUCAGUAAACUACGCGAACCAGGCGUAUCCGCCAUACAACAGCACUUCUAUGAAUGGAUACCAGCAUCUACCAGCACAAUACGCACCAAACACUGGGCAAUACGCCCAUCAAUCACCUCCCUUCCAACCUCAACCCCUACAAUACCUUCAACCGCAACCGGCCGCUCCGCCACAGCAUCAAAUCUCCAUAUCCAGCCGGUCUUACAACAACAUCUCCCCAACCAUUAACAGCAGCACCAGCGCCUCCCCCGAACUCGAACAAUCACGCAGUCGAGCCCGAGAUCUACGUAUGCGCUCUCGCAGCCCUCGUCCAGCCCAAAUACGAGCCCCACCAUCCGGAAGCGAGAACCUCAACUACUCUGAUCCCAUCUACAAUCUCGGGAAAUUCCAUGCUGUGACAGAAACACCACGCAUAGGCGAUCAAUCACUCCCAUUCCCAAUCACGCUUCCAGAUGACCUGGCAAAUGGACAAUUAUCACCUCGGAAUUCAAUACAACCUGAAUCGGCUAUAUUCUUCGAUCGAAAUCGAGCAGGUAAUCAAAACGCUGGAUUGGGAUUCAAUCAGUCAACUCAGAUGUCAACUAUCGAAUUCACCCUGGAAGGCACAACUACAGCAGCGGGCAAUACUGGCGGCAAGUCAAACUCAGAGAUGUACGAGACCAGACCGGUUCAUGCCAAAAACACAGUUCCCGUUGAACUACCCGUCCCCAAUGAGAACGAUGAAGAGGAAAUCGUCAUGUCGAGUACAGCGUAUCCAGGACAGGAAUGGCAGCCUCCAGGGUUUGAGCAGUGGGCACCUUAUUAA